AUGGCCCCUGUUAUCACUCAUAGACCUACAUAUAGUUCGAGUAAUGAAAUGUUGAAUAACGAUAAAUCCCUACGUUUCGGUGAUUAUAUCUUCAAAAGAUUAAAUUCAUGCGGUACCAAGUCCAUAUUCGGUGUUCCGGGUGAUUAUAACUUAAAUUUAUUGGAAUUAAUGUACCCAAACGGUACCGCUAAUAAAACCUCUGAAAUCAAUUGGAUCGGUUGUUGCAAUGAGUUAAACGCUGCUUAUGCUGCAGACGGUUAUUCUAGAUAUACAAACAAAUUAGGUUGUAUUGUAACCACUUGUGGUGUAGGUGAGUUAAGCGCAAUGAACGGUAUCUCAGGUUCCUUUGCAGAACAUGUUAAAGUUCUACAUAUUGUAGGUAUUCCAUCUACUGAAAAAUUUAAAACUGGUGGGAACUUUCAUCAUCUAUUACCAAAUUUUAAAGAAUCAAAUUUAAAUAAACCAAAUUAUAAAGUUUUUGCUGAAAUGGUCCAGGGUUCAGUCUCUUGUUCAACUAAAUUUAUUGAAAAUUUAGAUACUGCAUGCCAGGAAUUUGAUGAUUUAAUUAGGGAUAUCUAUAAAUAUUCAAAACCUGGUUAUAUGUUUGUUCCAGAAAACUAUUUUAAAUUAUAUGUUAAUCCAAAGAAUUUAUACGAAACUCCAUCAAUUACAUUACAAGAUUGUAUUACUAUGUCCCCUGAUAAGAUGGAAAUGGCAGAUGGUUUAACUGAUUUUAUAUUUAGCUAUUUGUAUCAUGCGGAAAAACCUGCCAUCAUCGCUGAUACUUUAACCGACAGAUAUUCCGGUUCUUCUUUACUAAAUGAAUUCAUACAAAAGACAAACAUUUGGAAUUUUUCUACUCUAAUGGGGAAAUCUAUUCUCGAUGAGUCAACUGAAACUUAUAAAGGUGUUUACAACGGUAAAGAUGGUUGUGAAAAAGUUCAAAAGGCAAUUUCAACUUGUGAUUUAAUAUUACAUUUCGGUGUUGAAAAAAAUGAGGUUAACUCAGGAACUUACACUUUUGAAGAUUAUUAUUCGAAAGUUAGUUUCAUAAUAGAGUUCCAUCCUCAAUAUAUAAGGAUGAUUGAUAUGCAAUCCAAAAGUACACAAUUGUUCGGUGGUGUGGAAUUCACAUAUAUAUUGAAGAGAAUGUUGAAAAUGGUUAAUCCAUCAAAUUUACACUUGAACUAUCCAACAUCUGAUGAAAGUUCAACAAAAACGGAUCAAGAAGCUGUUGCAAACAACCAAAUUACCCAAGACCACAUUUCUACUACAAUGGAAUCAUAUAUCAAGCCUGGUGAUGUUGUUCUAUGCGAUACUGGUACUUUCCAAUUCUCUUUACGUGAUUUCAAAUUUAGUUCUCAAGUUAAAUUGGUCUCUCAAUUUUUUUACUUAUCCAUUGGUUAUGCUUUACCUUCUGCUUUAGGUGUUGGUAUCGCCAUGAGAGAUUAUCCGAAUUCUCACAUCAAAGAUGAACAACUAAAGGAAAAUACUAAACCAAGAUUAAUCCUAUUCGAAGGUGACGGUGCUGCGCAAAUGACAGUACAGGAACUAUCUACAAUGCUUCGUUAUGAAGUCCCAAUGGAUAUAUUCUUAUGGAACAACGAUGGUUACACAAUUGAAAGAGCUAUCCAGGGCCCAACUCGUUCCUAUAACGAUAUUCAACCUUGGAAUUGGACUUAUCUGUUCAAAGCAUUUGGUGACGCCAAGGAAAAUUUUGCUAAAAACCAUAAAGUUGAAACAACAAAAGAAUUGGAUAAUAUACUUACAGAACUACGAUCCAAAGACCAAAAUAAUAUCAACUUUGUAGAAGUUACUUUGGGUAUCAUGGAUAUGCCAAAGAUUUUAACCGAUUUCAUGGUUAGAGCCGUAAAGCAUGCAAACAAAAGCUAA